AAAACACUCCCCAACAUUCAGAAUAGUCAUUCUAGAGAGAGAAACAGAAAUCUAGAGAGAGAGUAAAAAAAGAUCGAAGAUGAUGAACAUUUUGGCGCUGGGUCUUGUCCUGACUUCACUUGCAACAGCAGGUGUUUGGUCCCCAAGCCCAGAUCAUGAGAAGCAGCGAAGCCCUCCUAUUCCUCCUCCAAAUAGUCCAAGAAUCAUAGUGAAGGAAGGCCACAGAGUGGUCACUGUUGAGUACGAUGUAAAAAAAAGAGAUGGAAACACCAAAGUCUCAAUCUCACCCCAUCAAGAUCAACAACAAUCUCAUGUUGAUGAUGACGAGAGGUACGCCGAGACGGCGAAAGACAAGAUCAAAGAAGCCUCCUCUGUUCUUCCCAACGUCGGUCAAGGCCUUUCUGGUCCAAAUGGCCAAACUCGAACUCCCAAAGAGCUUGUGUGUGAUGCUUUCGGCAAAUGCAAGCAUAAGACGGCAAGUGCACUCGAUAAAGCCGGAGAAAAGGCGAAAGAGGUCGAAGAAGGGGCCAAAGAGGCUGUGGCCGAGGCUUUAGGAAAAGCAAAAGAGAAGGUGUCACGUGAAGCGCAAAGGGUGUCCGAAAAAGCCCACGAAGGGGCUAAAGAGGCUGCUGAGAAAGCGAUGCACGGGGCGGAGAUUAUAGUCGAGAAAUCGAAGACCAUGGCCAAAGAGGUGAAGAAAAAUGUGUCCGUGGACGCGGAAAUUGUGAAGGAAGAGGCCGCGAAGGCGGCGAAACGAGCGAAAGAAACGAUAGACACUGCUGCAAAAGAGCGCGCCCAUGGGAUUAAAGAGGAGGGGAAGAAGGAAUUGAAGGAGUUGAAGGACAUUCUCCGGCGGAGUGGGGAGGUGGUUCACGACGCCGCGGCGUACUUGGCGUGGCCGGAGACGGUGGAUUUGCUGUGUGGUGUGGUGCAUUUGAUCGGGUUUUCGACGGCGUAUGGGAUGUGUAUGUGGGUGACAUUUGCUUCCACUUAUGUUCUGGCUGAGGCUUUGCCUAGGCAGCAAUUUGCUAUGUUGCAGAGCAAAAUGUAUCCCAUAUAUUUUAGGGCUAUGGCUUGUACUGUUGGGGUGGCUUUGUUGGGGCAUUUGUUGAGUCAAAGGAAGAGCUUGCUCUCAAACAUGGCUGAGAUGUUUCAGUGCUAUAAUCUUCUUGUAGCAUUUUUCAAUAUUUUGGUCAAUUUGUACUUUUUGGAGCCUCUUGCCACCAAGGUGAUGUUUGAGAAAUUGAAGAUAGAGAAGGAGGAAGGGAGAGGACGAGAAGGAGAUUCCGUUGCUGAACCUAGCAGCAAGGUAACCGCCCCCGGCACUGAUCAUGCAGCCCCUUCUGUGACCGGUGCAACCACCACGACAUCUUCAGCAUCAAAGGCAGAGAGACUAGAAAGACUGAAUGAGAGGCUCAAGAAGUUGAAUGCUUAUUCCUCCUUCCUCAACAUUGUCACCCUCAUGGCUCUUACUUGGCACCUUGUCUACUUGGGACAGCGUCUUCAAACAGCGAGCUAACAAAGUAGACAUCUCUUCCUGGACGCAACGUGGUGUGUCUUGGCAAUAGAGAGGAAGAUAUAGAUGGAAGUGGAAGCUUCUUCAGUGCAGGAAAGCUUGUUUAUGACUUGUAAUAUAUCAAUACUGUGUAGGACUGAGACCAGUGGUAGUCGUGGGGAUGUUAUUUUUGAUGGGGUUUAUGGUUUGUAAUAUACUCUGGGUUGUAGGAGGGUUUAUGUUCUGUGUUUGUACAUGAAUGAUGUUGGAAUGUUGUAUUGACACCAAAUUUUACUACAACAAUGCAACAGCUGCUUAACCCUUUUGU